AUGUCUUCUGACCAGGAGAACUGCCACCUGUGUAAGGAAUACCUGAGGGACGCCGUGUCCAUCCCAUGUGGACACAUCUUCUGCUCCGUUUGCCUGAAGACAUACUGGGACCAUGCUGACCACACAGGCUCCUACAUCUGCCCACAGUGCAGGGUCAGCUACAGCAAGAGGCCCACCCCGAGACGCAUGGGGAGCUCCCGGCAGUCCACCCUCCCUCGCAACAGCGAGUCCUUCCCACCUCCACCUCCGUCCCCCGACUACAACUACGCAGGACCCCAGGAUGUAGGAUGUGACAUCUGCAUUGGAAAGAAGCACAAAGCCGUCAAGACCUGCCUGAUGUGUCUGGCCUCCUACUGUGAGAAGCAUCUCAAGCCCCAUUAUGAGUCAAACACGUUUAAAAGGCACAAGCUGGUGGAUGAAAUCGGCCACCUGGACAGACAGAUCUGUCCCCAGCAUCAGAAGGGUCUGGAGCUGUUCUGUCGCACCGACCAGAUGUGUAUCUGUGUGCUGUGUACGGUGAAGGAACACAAAGGUCACGACAUGGUGUCUGCUGAGCAGGAGAGGGCCGAGGAGCAGCAACGACUGGGUGCCACCCAGGCUGAGAUCCAGGAGAAGAUUCAUGACCGACUCAAGCAGAUGGAGGAACUAAAACAAGCCGUGGACUCACUCAAGACCUCAGCCCACACAGCUCUGCAGGAAUGCGAGAAGAUGUUCAGCGACAUGAUGCGCUCCAUCGAGAGGAUGCAGCAGGAGAUGGCCAAGCUGAUCUCCUCCAACAAGAGAGCAGCACUCAACAACGCUGAGGGCCACAUGGAGCGUCUGACCCACGAGAUCGCUGACCUGAAGAGGAGAGACAACGAGAUCACCCAGCUGUCCCGCACUGAGGACCACAUCCACUUCAUCCAGAGCUACCACAUGCUGAUCGCCCAGACGGAGGCUGAGGAGCUGCCUACAGUGAGCGUCAACCCCUACUUCACCUUCGGCCCGGUCACCAAGGCAGUGUCUGAGAUGAAACAGCACCUGAAUGAAUUCAGCAAUGAUGAGCUGGUUAAGGUCGCCAAGGCAGUUAACAAGAUGACUUUCUGCCAACUGGAUGAAUCCAAGAAGAAACAGCAGUCAAUAAAAAGUAAGAGUGAUGAAGCCGUCAUGUACAAGUCCCUCCCAGCCCAGGAGCCCCAGCACCGGGACGAUUUCCUGAAAUAUGCGUGCCAGCUCACUCUGGACUCCAACACAGCCUACAGACAGCUCUACUUGUCUCGAGGGAACAGGAAAGCUGCCCUCAAGAGAGACCCCCAGGCCUACGGCGACCACGCCUCCAGGUUCGACUCCCUGCCCCAGGUCCUGUGUAAGGAGUCUCUUGCCGGUGGAGCUUACUACUGGGAGGUGGACUGGAGCGGGGAAGGGGCCGCCAUCGGAGUCACCUACAAAGGCAUCAAGAGGACGGGGUACGGCGACAGCUGCCGCAUCGGCUACAACCGCAAGUCUUGGAGCCUCUUCUGCUCUGACUCCAGCUACUCAGCCCGCCACAGCAAAGACCAGAUAGAGGUCAACGCACCCUACUCCUCACGUAUCGGGGUGUUCCUCGACCACUCGGGGGGGACCCUCGCUUUCUACAGCGUAGGGGAAAGCAUGUCCCUCAUCCACCGCUUCAAGGCUUCCUUUAGCGAGCCUGUCUAUCCGGGUUUCUGGGUUUGGUACGAAUCAGCCGUCACCCUUAUCCAUCAGUGAUUCAAUAACACACUUCCAAUGAUCAAUGUACAACUGUGAUUGAGUUUAAGAGAACAAAAACUAUUUAUCACUAUUUAGAACACCAAUAUACACUAAAGGGCAAAAGUUUGGAAGCAAGAUCAAAUUUGUACAGAAAAAGAUCAUAGUUUCAUUGCUAUACUACACAACAAAAUAAAGGUGAUUAUUAUAUAAAGAGUCACUUAUUAGAACACUUUCACUAUAAUUAUCAGGUCUUUGGGUUUUUAUUGCUUAGAUUUUGUGUACCCUUAUUUCCUUAAUGUAUAAAUCUGUACUCUUGUUUCUUUACUCAGCUGCUUCUUUCUAGUCAUUUCUGUGGUAGUUUGUCAGAGAUAUGAACACAGUUGAGAUUUAUUGGGAUUUUUGUAUCCAAACUCUGAAAAGCCAAACAGCUAAAGUGAAUUAUGUAAGCUGUGAUUUGUUUUUUUACUUUUGCACUGAAGUUGUGACUCUUCCAAAUCUUCUCAACCCUAAAACUAAGCCCUCCUUUAUUUUGUUAAUAUUUAUUUAGCAAUGGUCUGGUAAUAUCAAUGAAUACCUAAAGGUAAAUUGAGGAAAAUGGUUAAAUUC